AUGGCGCUAUUCGGGACUUCAGACGCCCUGAUGUGCAGGGCGUUCCCAACGACUCUGCGGGGACCGGCCCGCACAUGGUACAGCGGCCUGAAGCCAGGAACCAUCGCCUCCUUCGACCAGCUCGCCAAGGAUUUCGAGCUUAACUUCCUGGCGCACGCCCGACCGAAGCCAUCCAUGGCGUUGCUCUUAGGGCUCAACCAGAAGGAGGAUGAGCCCCUCUCCCAUUUUGUGAACCGAUUUACAACACAAAUCCGUGGAUUGUCGGAAGCUCACCCCUCUCUCUUGAUGCAGACCUUCAUGACCGGCCUGCGGCCCUCCAGUCAGUUCAUCGCCGCGGAAACCUGGAUGGCUGGAAAGCGGGAGGAACACAAAAAGGUCAAGUCAGAGCCGCCCCGACAGCAACAACCCGCCGCCUCCCGACGAAAGUUGGACAGACCUGACCCAAGGCCUCCCCUUCCCGCCUUGAAUUCUUCCCGGACUGAAAUAUUCCUACACGAGAAGGGGAAGGGGCUGCUCAGGGACCCGCACCCGAUGAAGAACCCGCGGGAACUCGCGGACCGUUCAAAGUAUUGUCGAUUCCAUCGCCAACACGGGCACGACACUGAGAAGUGCUACGAGUUGAAGAGGCAAAUCGAGGAGCUCAUCCUCAGAGGUCAUCUCGGCCAGUACCUCCGGCCGAACAAAGAGCAGUCGCCUCGCCCAGAGGGCCCCGUCGAGCGACACAUCAAUGUAAUAGCCGGGGGCCCCGCAUCCGGAGGGGGUUCCAUGUCGGGCAGGAAGGCGUACGCUCGGUCCGCCCCCGACGAAGCCUCGAGACACAAGUCCGAGCCCGAGAUCACCUUCCCAACCGGGGCCGCCGAGCGCCCCGACCACGACGACGCCUUCGUGAUAUCGGCCAAGGUAGCCAACGCGCAAAUGAGGAGAAUCAUGGUCGACACGGGGAGCUUGGCUGACAUACUCUACUUCGGCGCCUUCCAAAAGCUGGGCUUGGCCAGGGAAAAUCUAAGCCCAAGGUGCUCGGCGCUCACCGGUUUCACGGGAGAUUCAAUAUCACCCCUGGGGGCUAUUGCCUUGCCUUUGACCCUGGGGACCCCGCCGAAGUCAAAAACCGUGAUGACCACUUUCCUGGUGGUCGACCUCCCCACCGCUUAUAAUGCCAUACUCGGUCGACCGACCCUCAACAAGGUCAAAGCCGUCGUCUCGACCUACUACCAGACCAUCAAAUUCCCGACUCGUGAAGGGGUCGGAGAGGUCACCGGGAGCCCCCGAGAGUCCAGGCGGUGCUACAAAGUGCGCUUUCGGCGUCACCUCCGGGAAAUUCCUUGGGUUCAUCGUACACGAGAGAGGAAUUGA